AUGAAAGUAUGUCGUCUUUUUCAUCACCUUCCAUUACCAAUGUGGAUGCUAAAUAAUUCUCUAAUUCUUUUUCAACAUGAUUCUUUUUCUGGUACUGAAGGUGGUUUGUCAAAUACUUCCAUUAAUAAAAUAUCUCGUGCAUCUAAAGAAACAGAUUUUGUAACUGAUGUGGAGGAUAUUGAUGAUGAACAUGUGGAUGAAAUUGUUGAUGAUGUAUUUGGUAAACCGGCGCCAGUUGAUAUAGUUGUAGAUGAAAAACGGUCAUGA